GGAAUCGCCUGCGGCACACAUCCAGACAGCUUCAUAAUGCUCAGCCAUCUCCUCAAUCGCUCUCCCAAUCCAUCUCUUGUCUUCUCCAGAACCUUCUCCUCUACUACACUUUUCGUCAAAGGCAUCUCUUUCUCAAGCACAGAAGAAACAUUAACUCAAGCUUUUUCUCAAUAUGGUCGUGUUCUUGGUGUGAAUGUUGUGAUGGACAAAGUCAGAUGCAGACCAAAAGGGUUUGCUUAUGUCAAAUUCUCUUCCAAAGAAGAAGCCGACGAAGCUUUGUUACAACUUAACGGACAGUUGGUAGACGGGCGGGUCGUGGUCCUCGACACAACAAAAGCCGUAAAACAGAAAGACCAACCAGACUGCAAGCCUAAGCAUGCAGGUGGGUGA